UCCCGCCGCCGACGCCGCCGCCGCCAUGUCGCCCCUCGCCUGCUCGCUGCUCGCCCUCACCGCGCUGCUCGCCGCCGCCGACGCAGUCAUGCCGCCACCCGAUUGUACCUCCGUCACGUUAGGCAAGGUCACAGAGGACGUAACUACAUUUAGUUUAAAUGUUGGUGGUGGCGACGUCAGAAUUCCUGAUAAAUGCACUAGACCGGGCCGAAAACUAGUGGGGGUGAAAAUCGAGGCUUGCCUUUCGCCAGAAAAAAAAAUUAAAAUAACGCAGGCAUUGCAGACCGCGCCCGAUUUCCCACCGAACUUCUCUCUGUUCAAUAUUGAGGUCGAUACAAUUGUAGUCAGUGUUCAGCAGUAUGGAGAAAUGGUCACUCCACCUUGAGUCGUCAUAAACAUUGUAUGAACAGGGAAAUUAUGUGAUAAGAAACUGAUUCUUGUCAAUAAAAAAUAUGAAUUAAAA